UUCGUUUGACAGGAAUGGCAUUCUUCGUUCGCCGACCAUCACCAAACCGAGCAGCUUGUCCGCGAUUUUCCUUUAUAAUUUUCUUAUUUAAUAAACAAAACGUUUAAUUUUACUUCCUUUUACAUAGGAAACUAAAAUUUUAAAAUGUAUAAAGACGAUUACGAUCAGAGUUAUGAUUACAACAGUUAUGAUGAGGAUGGUGGCCACACAGGGGAUCCGAAACUGGAUGCUGAACACAACAGAGAACAAUAUGAAAUCCCAGAGACUGUAAAGAAUUUCCUGGUUUACUUCCGAAAUAAUGUGAGCGAAGGGCUAGUUUAUGAGCUGCAGUCCCUUUAUGAAAUCUCCUGGCCCAAGUUGACCGAAGACUUUUUUGAAAAAAGGCCGUGGCCUGAGGAGAAGGAAGUUGCUGAGAUGGUUGAUGCAGAUCCUGUUUUUAUGAUCCUAUACAAAGAACUGUACUUCCGCCACAUUUACGCCCGAAUCCAAGGCGGUCCAACCCUGAAACAACGAUUCAAUUCGUUCUACAAUUACUGCAACCUGUUCAACUACAUUUUAAGUGCAGAAGAGCCGGUACCAUUGGAACUACCCGACUUGUGGCUCUGGGAGCUUAUCGACGAGUUCGUCUAUCAGUUUCAGUCGUUUGCUCAAUAUAGAGCGCGUCUGCAAAAGAAAACCAAACCAGAACUGAAAGCGCUAAACUCGAACAAUGAAGUGUGGAACGUUUUAUGCGUUUUGAACGUUCUACACUCAUUGGUGGAUAAAAGUAACAUUAAGCAGCAGUUGGAGGUUUACGCUAGUGGUGGAGAUCCUGAUUCGGUAGCUGGAGAGUUCGGGAGUCAUUCACUCUACAAAAUGCUGGGCUAUUUCAGUCUCGUUGGCUUAUUGAGACUCCACUCCCUCCUCGGCGACUACUACCAAGCGAUCAAAGUAUUGGAAAACAUCGAGGUACACAAGAAGUCCCAAUACGCUCAUAUCCCCGCCUGUCAGAUCUCCACGUCAUAUUACGUCGGAUUCGCUUAUAUGAUGAUGAGGCGUUAUUCGGACGCGAUCAGGACAUUCUCCGGUAUUUUGUUGUACAUUCAACGGACCAAACAGCUGUUUGCCUCCAAGACGUACCAACACGAUCAGAUUAAUAAGCAAACGGAUCAGAUGUACCAUUUGCUCGCCAUUUGUUUGGUGCUGCAUCCGCAGUGUAUUGACGAAAGUAUCCAGCAGACUUUGAGGGAGAAAUCUUACCACGAGAAAAUGUAUAAGAUGCAGUAUGGAGAUUUACAGGAGUUCGAAAACAGUUUUGUAUAUGCGUGUCCCAAGUUCUUGUCACCAUAUGCACCGCCAGUCAACUCCAUUCCGGACGAUUAUUCCAAGGAAGCCAUUCAACAUCAGACCCAAGUUUUUAUGGAUGAGGUCCAACAACAAAAAAUGUUACCAACCAUUCGCAGUUAUUUGAAACUGUACACGACGUUGCCGCUCUCAAAAUUGGCCACUUUUAUGGCCCAAAAUAACCGAAACGACGGCCAAUGGGAUCUGGACAAGGAAACGCAGUCGUUGCUGAUUCACUUGUUGUGUUUUAAGCAUAAAAUGAAGAACGUCGUGUGGUCCAAGGGGGCUUCCGGAUUGGAGGGAAAAUUCCAAAGUGGUUCCGAGUUGGACUUUUACAUUGAUAACGAUAUGAUCCAUAUCGCUGACACGAAAGUAGCUCACCGCUAUGGAGAUUUCUUUAUAAGAAAGAUAUUGAAGUUUGAGGACCUUAAUAGGAAGCUGCAUAAGAUCACUUUUACAAAAUAAAUGCAUUAUUCAUAUUUAUUUGUAAGGAAUAAAUUUAAAAAAAAACUGUUUUAUAAGUAA